AGACGCGCCUUUUGAUCUCGAAGCGUCUACCUUGCGCUUGCGUACAACGAGCCGUUUCACGUUUUUUUCGCGUCUCGUCCCUUCCGCAUCAUAUCAAUCUCUCGUGAAUCGUGCGGUGUGCGUCGUUCUGCAUUUAUCGGUUCAGCACAAGUUAACGAAGGCGACACUGCACGCGACGGCGAUGGUCGUCUUGUCGCCUUUAUAAACACGCGUUAUUUUAUGCGCGGGCAUCUUUAGAGUUUUAUUUUCUUACGAAGAAGCUGCCGAAAAUUAAAAUCACUCAUAAUGAGUGGAAUGCUGGGCUUGAUAGUCUCUGGACGUCUGGUUCAAACAGAUUUUCAACUCGUUGGAGAGAACAAGUUUUUAAUCACAAUUCCUGAUGCCGACAGUAUCAACCACGUUGUUGUUUUUCUUACUGGGACAGUUCCUUUCAUAGACGGAAUGGGUGGUGCUGUGUAUUUUAGCUGGCCUGACCCUAAUGCUCCACCCAACUGGCAAUUUUUGGGAUAUGUGUCAAACAACAAACCAUCUGCUAUAUUUAAAAUAUCAAACUUGAAGAAGAACCACGAAUUUGAAAACAAUAACUUGGGCAUCUUUGGAGCCACGAGUACAACAAUUUCCCACGUUGCUCAAAUAGGCAUUUCUGUGGAACCGCUUAGUAUUUUGGAGCAGCAAGCUGCUGUGGCCACUGCUAAUGCAACAAAUUCAUUUGUAGACUUUGCUCAGAAAAUGAUCACUAGCUUCCUCAAUUAUGUAUCUAGUUUCUCAGUAACUCAGGCACAAAUGACAGCAAAUCCUACAGAAAAUUUUGUGCCAUUGUCCUCAAUACAAGGAUGGUAUGAAACAUUUGAAAGACGUUUAGCUCAGAAUCCAAACUUUUGGAAGGCAUGAUCAAAGCUUGAGGACCUUUGGCGUCUUGUGCAUUCAUACUCUUUGCUUUGUUUAAGCAACAAAAGUACUUGAUGCAGCACCGAGACAAAGCAAGUGGCCUGUUUGUGUUUGCAUUUAAUUAUUCUGUCAAUUAUUGUUUACGAAAAGCAAAUUUGAUACGCUCAAGAUAUUUUUAAACUAAACUUAGGUACUGACUCUGUAUCUAAAAUGAAAAAUUGAAGCAAAUUAGAGCAAUCAGCUACAUAAUUAUGAUGCACUGUGUCGCUAAUAUUAAUCACUUUCAUUAUGACAAAUGCUGUUAGCCAUGUAAUGUACAUGGCCAUAAACUUAAACAAUAUGUAAUAUUAUCUAAAUACUUGUGAUUUGAAUUAGUCCAUGAAUUUUUAAUAAUUUCAUAUUAAAAAACUAAUUUUAUACAGGAUUAUAUUAUAAUGUGAUUAUUUCAAACAUUUAUCCUCAUCGUGAGCGCGUUGAUAAAUCAAAAGUAUAUAUACUGCUACAUGAGUUAAGACAUGUAAAUACUCGACUAUGAAAACUUACAUUUGCCAAAGACAUACUUUCAAUAAAUUUAUAUCAAUCUCA